UUUGGUCUCUGUGUGUCUGGCUAUGAGCAAGAAAGUACAAAGCUACAUUAACCCUAUUUAAACACACACUCUCUCUCUUUCUUUCCUUGUCCCUUUACUUGUUACAUUCCAAAGAGAAAGCUUGACAAUUUCUAACCCCUUUGAGAAAACAAAACAUAAUGACUUAAAAACCAUAAAAACAACAACUCCUUUCUUCACCUUUCUAGUCACGUUAGCUUCUUGUUUUUAAAUAGUUAAAAAACCAAACAACAAAAGAAGCCUCUCUUUUGAAACUUUUCUUCUUAUUAUUUUCCUUUCUCACUUUCUCUGCCUGCCAUGAACAGGAGUUUGAACAGAGAGAAUCCAGAUAUUUUGAUUGUGGUGAUGGUGGCAGUGAUGAAGCAGCAGAAGAUGAUAACAAGGGAUGGUAGAAAUAGAAAGAGAAAGAGGAAAUUACAAUGGGGCCCUUAAAGCCUGCAACUGAAAUGAGUGGCACACUGCACCAUAGUUCUCUCUUACCCUUUUUCUUUUUCUUUUUUUUCUUUCUUUCUCUAUUUGUUUUUACUCAUUUCUGUGGUUCUUCUUCUUUGCCUCUCUAUCUAUCUAUCUCUCUCAAUUAAUGCUCUCUUGUUCUUCGGUCAUUUCCAAACACUGAAACACUCACUCACUCUCACAUAGGAGCAUUUUGCUUGUGCUUUAGGUUCUUGGAGGGCAAGUUCUUGAAGAUUUCAGUUAUGUUAAGUCUCAUUUAAUUUGCUUCAACUUGCUUUGGCAGGUGAUAGAUAUAGCUUGUUAAUUUUUUUGCAUAAUAAGGGAUUUUUUUAUUAUUAUUUUUUAUCAAUAUUCCCACUUUUCACUGUCUUGCAUUAUAUGAACUUUUUGAAAUGAUGCUUAACUAGUUCACAUGCUGCCAAACAAAAUAUAUAUUUUUUACUUAUUCCUUGAUUUCUUAUUCAAAUUUUGUUUUCUUGUUUGUAGCAUGGAUCUUUCAAGAUAAGAUGGUUCUUCUAUGAAGAGGGUAUUCAUGUCAUUUUUCUGAAGUGAUGUCGUUCUGAAAGAUCCAUUGAAGAACCAAGAGCUUCUAUCUUUUCACAUUAACCAAGCUGAUUUUGUCAAUGGAGAAUGAUUUCUACAGUUCUUCACUGAACAUGGAGCAUAAUCCUACACCAAAGCCACUUCUUCAGUGCUAUUCAUUUGAUCUUAAUAACCAAAACAACAUCAUAAAUGGAAUUCCAAUGCUUGAUUUAGACCAAGGAAGUGUUGAUGGUAAUAGCUUCAUAAAUUCUUCAAGUAUUCUUAAUUCUAAUUCAUUCGUUACUUCAUCACAAGGAAAGACUACAGUAGGAGAUACCUCAAAUGCGACCGGAAAUGGCGAGUUUCAUGAGAAUUUAGCCGGAGGAACGCAGCCGAACGGCGCGCUGGCUUCUCCGCUCACAACCAUUCUUGCUGCUAGAAUUGGCCUUCAAGAAAAUCUAGAGAAUUCAGCAACUUUGUUGCCUUCAUUUGAGGCACUAGGACAAUAUGUCUUCAAUAAUUGGCAUGAUACUACUUCAAAUUCAAGCCCUUUUCCGGCGAAUUUCUAUGGCGAUCGUGGCUACGAUGAAGUCCCUAGUAAUGGUAAGUGGAGCUUUAACAAGUUUCCAAAAGCACCAGAGGUUGAAGGAAGUGGAUUGGUACCAUAUGCAUCCAUAGGGAAUCUUGAUCCUAAUGGAUGGACAUCAUUGAAUGCUGCAAAUUUGGCUAAUCAUGCUUACAAUUCUUCGAGUUAUAGCAACGAGCUAUCGUUAAGUCUUGCUACUUCGCCGGCUGCAGCUCAGUGCUCGGAGAUUAGCUGCUCCGAUGUGAGCUGUGGCAUGAAUGAAACAAGGACAGGAUUGGAGAAAGGUUCUUGCAGCAGUAGGGAACUGUCUAUGAGUUUAGGUUCUGAAAAACAUGUCCGGUUUUCGCCGGUGAUACUUGGAUCAAAGUACCUUGUAGGAAUUCAAGAGGUACUGGCUCAAAUUGCAGCAUAUUCAAUUGAGAAUGUAGAAGAGGUGAAUUAUUUAGGUGCUGGUGAUAGAGCUGGAGGAAAUAAAUCAACAUCAGGUUUUGCACAAAAGACUACACCAGCAACAAAUUCAAAUGCAAAUUCUUCUAUGUUUGAAGCUCAUGCAGAGUCUCCAUUGCAAAGACAUGCAGCUGAAUCAAACAAAUCCCAGUUGCUGACACUUUUACAGCUGGUGGACAGCCGAUACAGUCAGUGUUUGGAUGAGAUACACACUGUUGUACACGCAGCAACAGAGCUCGAUCCGUGCAUACACGCACACUUUGCGCUCCAAACAAUUUCUGUACUAUACAAGGACUUGAGGGAGAGGAUCAGCAAUCAUAUUCUUGCAACAGGGUCCAAUUUUGGCGACUCGUGCUCGGAAGAUAAGGAAUGGUCAGUUGAUACUUCAUUCAUUCAAAAGCAAUGGGCUAUCCAGCAGUUGAAAAGAAAAGAUCAGCUCUGGAGGCCUCAAAGGGGAUUGCCUGAAAAAUCUGUCUCAGUUCUUCGUGCUUGGAUGUUCCAGAACUUCCUCCAUCCGUAUCCUAGAGAUGCAGAAAAGCAUUUACUUGCUGUAAAAAGUGGAUUAACUAGAAGUCAGGUAUCUAACUGGUUCAUAAAUGCUCGUGUUCGGUUAUGGAAACCUAUGAUUGAGGAAAUGUAUGCCGAAAUGAAUAGAAGAAAGGCUUGUCGAAUCGAAGAAGGGAUGGAAGAUGGCCAUAGAAGCAGGCUAAGCAUGAACAAUCAUUACUUUAAUAUGAAUUGAAGUUGAAGAACAAUGUGAUCAACCAAAACUUUUAUUUUAUUUUAUUUUUAGUGCAUGAUUCGCCACCAGUUUGGUAUAUUAUUACAUAAUGAGAUAUAGUUGUUCUAAAAAAUGUGCUUUCGUAUAAUCGAUGUCAAAUGUUAAUACCG